AUGAGCAGAAGCGGGAUCGUGUUCCUAUCUCCCGCCCUGUUGUUUGCCAACUGUACGGACCAUCCGAGAGUGCGGUUGCUCCUCGGAAAUGUCGACUCGAUCGACUCAACACCCCAGCCGCGCCAAGAUGAAAGGUGCCGGGCGGUGCCGAGAGCCGACCGCCCAGUGGUCGGCCAAUCCACCACCGGCCUGUGGAACCACAGUGACGACUGCCGAGAGAAAACGGAGAAUGGACCAGCAUGA